AUGGCCCAGUGCGUGCAGUCGGUGCACGAGCUCAUCCCGGACUCCUUCGUGCCCUGCGUGGCCGCGCUCUGCAGCGACGACGCCGAGCGCCUCGCCCGCCGCAACCACCUGAGCUUCGCCGAGCUGCUGAGACCCUUCACCCGCCUCACCUCCGAGGUUCAUAUGAGAGAUCCUAAUAAUCAGCUUCACAUAAUAAAAAAUCUGAAGAUAGCAGUAAGCAACAUUAUCACCCAACCGCCUCAGCCUGGAGCCAUUCGGAAACUUUUGAGUGACGUCGUUUCUAGCUGUCAGCCUGCGGAUGGACUAGUAGCUAAUGUGAUUACGGCAGGAGACUAUGAUCUCAACAUCAGUGCUACUACUCCAUGGUUUGAGUCUUACAGAGAGACCUUUCUUCAGUCAAUGCCAGCAUCAGAUCAUGAAUUUCUGAACCACUAUUUAGCCUGUAUGCUGGUAGCAUCGUCUAGUGAAGCAGAACCUAUGGAACAGUUUGGAAAGUUGUCACAAGAGCAGCAUCGAAUUCAGCACAAUAAUGACUAUUCCUACCCCAAGUGGUUUAUACCAAAUACACUUAAAUACUAUGUACUCCUACACGAUGUAAGUGCAGGAGAUGAACAGAGAGCUGAAUCCAUUUAUGAAGAAAUGAAACAGAAAUAUGGAACUCAGGGUUGCUAUUUACUUAAAAUUAAUUCUCGAACAUCUAAUCAAGCAUCAGAUGAACAGAUACCAGAUCCUUGGAGUCAGUAUCUUCAGAAAAAUAGUAUUCAAAACCAGGAAUCAUAUGAAGAUGGUCCUUGUACUAUAUCUUCAAAUAAGAAUUCUGAUAGUAACUUGCUUUCAUUGGAUGGAUUAGAUAACGAAGUCAAAGAUGGCUUACCAAAUAACUUUAGAGCCCACCCACUUCAAUUGGACUCAUCCAGUGACCCUUCGAACAACAUUGAUGGCCCAGAUCAUGUAAAAUCUGCAUCAUCAUCACAUGAAACAAAGAAAGCAAAUCCUGGAAUUAUUCAUGGUGCAUGCUUAACCCUUACUGAUCAUGAUAGAAUUCGACAGUUUGUACAGGAAUUCACAUUUCGGGGCCUUUUGCCACAUAUAGAGAAAACAAUUCGGCAAUUAAAUGAUCAGCUUAUAUCAAGAAAAGGUUUGAGUCGGUCUCUAUUUUCUGCAACUAAGAAAUGGUUUAGUGGCAGUAAAGUUCCAGAAAAGAGCAUAAAUGAACUGAAAAAUACCUCUGGAUUGCUGUACCCACCGGAAGCACCCGAGCUUCAGAUCAGGAAAAUGGCUGACCUGUGUUUCCUGGUGCAGCAUUACGAUCUGGCUUACAGCUGCUACCACACUGCAAAGAAGGACUUUCUUAAUGAUCAAGCAAUGCUUUACGCAGCCGGUGCCUUGGAAAUGGCAGCAGUGUCAGCUUUUCUUCAGCAAGGGGCAGCGAGGCCAUACCCUGCACAUUACAUGGACACAGCCAUCCAGACAUACCGGGAUAUCUGCAAGAAUAUGGUAUUGGCUGAAAGAUGUGUAUUACUUAGCGCUGAAAUCUUAAAAAGCCAAAGCAAAUAUUCAGAGGCUGCAGCUCUUCUAAUACGGCUAACCAGUGAGGACUCUGACCUUCGAAGUGCACUUCUUUUGGAACAGGCGGCUCACUGCUUCAUAAACAUGAAGAGCCCCAUGGUGAGAAAGUACGCCUUUCACAUGAUACUGGCCGGCCAUCGUUUUAGUAAAGCCGGGCAGAAAAAGCAUGCUUUACGCUGCUAUUGUCAAGCCAUGCAAGUCUACAAAGGAAAAGGCUGGUCUCUUGCAGAGGAUCACAUUAACUUCACCAUUGGGCGCCAAUCCUACACUCUGAGGCAGCUGGACAAUGCUGUGUCUGCUUUCAGGCAUAUUCUAAUCAACGAAAGUAAACAAUCUGCGGCUCAGCAAGGGUCCUUCCUCAGAGAAUAUCUUUAUGUUUACAAGAAUGUAAGUCAGCUGUCACCAGACGGGCCCUUGCCGCAGCUUCCUUUGCCGUAUAUUCACAGUUCUGCAACCCGGGUUUUUUUUGGCCACGACCGACGACCAGCAGAUGGUGAAAAGCAAGCAGCUACUCAUAUAAGUCUUGAUCAAGAAUAUGACAAUGAAUCCUCUCAGCAGUGGCGAGAACUUGAGGAACAAGUUGUGGCCUUGGUUAACAAAGGAGUAAUUCCACCCAAUUUCCAUCCCACGCAAUACUGUUUGAAUAGUUUUUCAGAUAACUCAAGAUUCCCCCUUGCAGUAGUAGAAGAACCCAUAACAGUGGAAGUGGCUUUUAGAAAUCCUUUGAAGGUUCCACUUUUGUUGACUGAUUUGUCAUUGCUCUGGAAGUUUCAGCCUAAAGAUUCCAGUGGAAGGAAUGAUGAAGAAGUUAAAGAACUAGUAACAAGUGAACCCGAAAUGAUUGGAACUGAAGUUAUUUCAGAAUUCUUAAUUAACAGUGAAGAAUCUAAAGUGGCCAGACUAAAGCUCUUUCCCCAUCACAUAGGGGAGCUGCACGUUCUGGGAAUUGUUUAUAAUCUGGGCACUGUUCAGGGCUCCACGACAGUCGAUGGCAUCGGUGCUCUUCCUGGAUGUCACACAGGGAAACAUUCCUUGAGCAUGUCAGUUCGAGGGAGACAAGAUUUAGAAAUUCAAGGUCCUCGACUUAACAGCACAAAAGAAGAGAAAACAUCUAUAACAUAUGGUCCUGAUCGACGAUUAGAUCCUAUAAUUGUUGAGGAAAUGCCACUGUUGGAGGUGUUCUUUAUACAUUUCCCUACAGGGCUCCUCUGUGGAGAAAUCCGAAAAGCAUAUGUAGAGUUUGUCAAUGUCAGCAAAUGUCCUCUGACUGGAUUGAAGGUUGUUUCUAAACGUCCAGAGUUCUUUACCUUUGGCGGCAACACGACUGCUCUGACACCACUAAGCCCCUCAGCUUCUGAGAACUGCAGUGCUUACAAGACUGUGGUGACAGAGUCUGCCUCUGUGUGUGCAGCGCUCACCUCCGCAGCGUCUGCGGUGGGCUUUGGCCUCGGCACAGGAAGUCAGCCCGAGGUGAUUCCUGUGCCCCUGCCGGACCCUGUUCUUCUGCCUGGAGCUUCAGUGCAGCUGCCGCUGUGGCUACGCGGGCCGGAUGAAGAAGGUGUCCAUGAGAUUAACUUUCUGUUUUACUACGAAAGUGUUAAAAAGCUGCCCAGAAUACGUCACAGGAUAUUAAGACACACAGCAGUUAUUUGCACCAGCCGAUCUCUGAACGUACGUGCCACUGUCUGCAGGAGUAAUUCUCUUGAAGAUGAGGAGGGCAGAGGAGGCAAUAUGCUAGUCUUUGUGGAUGUGGAAAACAUCAAUACUAGUGAAGCAGGUGUUAAGGAAUUCCAUAUAGUACAAGUAUCAAGUAGUAGCAAACACUGGAAGCUACAGAAAUCUGUAAAUCUCUCUGAAAACAAAGAUGCCAAACUUGGCAGUAGGGAAAAAGGAAAGUUUUGCUUCAAGGCAAUACGAUGUAAGGAAGAAGAAGUUGCCACACGGUCCUCAGAAAAAUAUAUCUUUGCAGAUAUCAUCUUUGGAAAUGAACAGAUAAUAAGUUCUGCAAGCCCAUGUGCAGAUUUCUUUUAUCGAAGUUUAUCCUCUGAAUUAAAAAAAGUCCAGCCGUCAGAGCAUAUGGAAAAGCAGCCAACAGAGGACGCUGUGAGAUUAAUUCAGAAGUGCAGUGAGGUGGAUUUGAACGUUGUCAUAUUGUGGAAGGCCUACGUGGUGGAAGACAGUAAGCAGCUUAUUCUGGAAGGUCAGCAUCACGUUGUUCUUCACACUGUGGGCAAAGAAGCCUAUUCGUAUCCUCAGAAACAGGAGCCACCAGAAAUGGAACCAUUAAAAUUUUUCAGGCCAGAAAACACGGCAGUUUCCUCGAGACCAUCUGCAGAGCAGCUUUCCAGCCUCAUUAAAACCAGUCUUCACUACCCAGAGUCACUUAGCCACCCAUUUCAUCAAAAAAGCCUGUGUUUAGUGCCCGUCACCCUCUUACUUUCCAAUUGUUCGAAGGCUGAUGUCGAUGUCAUAGUGGACCUGCGGCAUAAAGCAACAAGUCCAGAAUCAUUGGAGAUCCACGGAUCGUUUACGUGGCUUGGACAAACUCAGUAUAAGCUGCGGCUUAAAGGCGAGGAGAUGCACAGCUUGCAGCUGAAAGCAUGCUUUGUCCACACGGGUGUCUAUAACCUUGGAACUCCGAGGGUAUUUGCCAAGUUAUCGGACCAAGUUACAGUGUUUGAAACAAGUCAGCAGAACUCCAUGCCUGCCCUGAUCAUCAUUGAUAAUGUGUGA